AUGCGUCGAGUAACCGCGAAUGACACUAUUCACGCUUUUCGCGAAAUUUUCCUGCGUCAAGGCCUUCCUGAGCAGUUGGUUACUGACAACGGGCCACAGUUUACCAGUUUGGAGUUCAAGUCAUUCCUGGGGACUUAUGGGGUCCGCCACAUCUUAACACCGCCCUACCACCCGAAGUCAAACGGACAGGCGGAGAAUUUCGUCAGGUCAAUGAAGCAGGCCUUGCGUCGCGCUAAAUGUGGAAGGGAGGAAGACCCUCUAGGAACGUUUCUGUCUAAGUACAGAUCUUCACCUCAUAUCUCCACCGGAAAAACACCUUGCGACUUGCUUAACAAGAGACCUUUCAGGUUCAAGCUAGAUUUAGUUCGCCCGUCCACACAGGACUACUCAGGACAGUCUUCGCACUCCUCUCCAAAAAGGGUGACAAGAAGUUUUGUCACUAUGGAUAAGGUUUGGGUGAAAGAUCCAACCCGUAAACACCAUUGGGUCAAAGGUGUGAUCAUCAGUCGUGAAGGCAACGUUGUAUAUGAUGUUCAACUGGAUGGCAGAAAACGGCGCCGCGUUCAUGCUGACCACUUGAAGAGUAGAGUGUCGUCAGAUGUCGGGUCGCCUAAUGCUUCUCUGUGUUCAGGUCGUCCACGGGAACCUGGGACGAUUCCCUUGAGCCUGACCAUGGACAUCAACUUGAGACCCCAGGCUUCGUCUGCGCCUCCCGCACUCGACGUCGUCUUCCCACAACAGCCACCUGGAAAUUCAACAGCAGAGCCUCCGCGGAGAUACCCUAUCCGUCAAAGAAGACCUCCUGCCCGUUACAGGUUCACAGCCUUAGGAGGGAGGAAUGAUGUAGACAACGACGACGACCGAGCUAUGACGGAGCGAGGCUCGUGA